UGAAAACGAAAUUACAAAAAAAUUCCAGGCCUCCAUCCAUUAAAUAAAAAUAAAAUUUCCAUCGGAUGGUAAUGAAAAACACUUCAAUAAGAGAGAAACAAAAAUUUUUAUAGAUGACGACUAUUUUACAUAUCUGUAAUUACACAGGGUGUAUAAUAGACGAGGUAUAAAAUCGAACAAGAACUCACGCAAAUUUCACGUGAGAUUGUGUAAUACGCUUUUACAUUAUCUCGCUCAAUGCAAACUUAUUGGAAAGAGAUAGUAACAAAGUGCAAAUUGUAUCGAGUACUCGUUUUGAAUCGAAAAUUUUCGCAAAGAGUACAAAGUAAAUAUAUAACAUUUGGAUAGACAAGGUUUUAUUUAUUUGUUGUUACUUAUUUUCCUUUUCUUUUGUGAUCUUGAAAAGUGCUUUUCUUAUGAAGGCUAUUCGGGAGAAAGUUUUUAAUUCAUUAACAAAAUUCAUUAAACACAAUAAGCAGCACCUGUGUGCACAAUUGCUUGCAAAACGAAAAACGAUAAGAUAUUGACGGGAAAUUCCAUACUAAAUAAAAGCGAAUAUAUAAUCACAAACCAAAACAAAAAAGAAGUAAAAUGAACACUUUUGUGCGCAGUUAUAGGAAAUGUGGCCAUAAAACCGAACUAGCGCUACCCAUUAAAAGAUAUUCCACUGCACAUAUUUGUACAAAUAUGUUUGUGAAGUACAGGCAGGAUAACUAUAUUCCGCGUUUGUAUCUUGGUAAACGCUUUUUGUCAACCAAUAAUACAACUGAAGUUCUGAGUGUCCUCUCCAACAAAAACGCCAACAGAAUGGGAUAUCCAACGAAACCUUACGUCUACAAUAUUUCGAGGUAUUUUUACCGAAGUCAUCGGCUUUUCGAUCAACCUUCUUCUAAAGUUGAAGUAACAGUCCAAACUAUGAAGAAUAAACAGAAAGAAAAGGUUGAAGAAAUCAUGAAAGAAGCAUCUAGUGCUACUACUACUACGUCGGAGGCUGCAAGCGUUGGCCAUAUAACAAGUAAGGAUUCCGAUACAGCAAGCGCAAGCAAAAAAUUGAAUGAAUCUACACCAAAAGCGAUUGUGGUGAAGAAACCUCUGAAAGAUCGUAUUUGGGAGGAAUUGGUGCAUUACUAUCAUGGGUUUCGUUUAUUAGUAAUUGAUAUUAAUAUAUGCCGUAAAUUACUGUGGCGUAUUCUGAAUGGCAAAACCUUAAAUCGUAGAGAAAAUCGCUUAUUGUUGCGCACUACUUCGGACUUGUUUCGUUUGAUACCCUUUUCAGUUUUUAUCGUUGUACCGUUUUUGGAAUUACUUUUGCCAUUGUUUAUUAAAUUUUUUCCUGGGAUGUUGCCUUCGACUUUUCAAACGGCUAAAGAACGAGAAGAUCGUCUGAAGCAGUCUGUGCAAGUAAGAAUAGAAAUGGUGAAAUUCUUGCAGAAGACUUUGGACGAGAUGGCGGUGCAGCAUAAAGAACAUAAAAGCGAAGAAGCAAAACAAUUCGACAUGUUCUUCCAGAAAAUCAAAAAUCCCAAUGAAUACGCAUCGAACGAGGAAAUAAUUAAGUAUGCGAAACGAUUUGAAGAUGAAAUUACUUUGGAUUCUUUAUCGCGUGAACAAUUAAUUGCCCUUUGUAGGGUGUUAGAAUUAAAUACUGUGGGCACCACAAGUUUCUUAAGGUUCCAGUUAAGAAUGAAGUUACGGUCUUUAACCACAGACGAUCGUGUGAUUGCUAGAGAAGGUGUCAACUCUUUGGAUUUGUGGGAAUUACAGCAGGCGUGUAAGUCGCGUGGCAUGCGAGCGUAUGGGUUGACAGAGGAACGCAUGCGAACUCAACUACAGGAAUGGAUUGAUUUGUCCUUAAAUGAAAAAGUGCCACCGACCCUAUUAUUAUUAUCGCGCACUAUGUUACUCUCAGACGAUUCCAUAACCACGGAUAAACUUAAGGAAACAAUAAGAAAGUUACCGGAUUCCCUGGCCACCCAAACUAAAGCCGCCAUUGGUGAACGUGAAGGUAAAAUCGAUAAUAAAACUCAAAUCGAAAUAAUUAAGGAGGAGGAAAGAAAAAUUAAGGAGGAGCGGGAAGAAGAGCGAGAAGAGGAACGUGCUAAGGCCAAAGUUAAAGCUGAAGCAGAACCCGAGAUAGGAGAAACGAUGGAAGUUAUGAAAGAAAGUGAUGCUAUUUGCUCCGAACGCAACAUGAUCAUUCAAGCGGCAGAAAAUGAAAAGAGAAUGGAAGAAGAAAAAAGCAUUUCAUCUAAAGAUGUCGCUUUGCUCAAUGAAGCCCUGAAAACUCUAUCUACCGAUAAGAAAAUGUUGGUUGAGAAAGAAGCUAUUAAAGAAAUUAAAGAGGAACUAGAAGAAUAUAAAGAGGAUGUAAAAGAAUUAAAGGAGGUCGGAAAAGCUGUGCAAGAACCUGUGGCAGAAAGUCGCGCCGCCAAAAUGCUUUUCAAAAAAGUCAAUCGUAUGAUUGGACAAUUGGAUAAAGUGCUUGAUGAUUUCGAAACAAAACAUAAACAACAAUUACAAGAAGAACGCAAAGCUGAAAUAGUUGCUAAGCACGGAGAGGAAUUUCUUCACAUAGACGAGCUGGUACAAACGAUAAAGAAACUAAAGCAGACCUCGGACGAGUCAAAACUUACGCAAAUUGUUAAUGUUUUAAGUAAACUGGAUUCGGAUAAGGAUGGUGUUAUAACAGUCGAUGAAGUUCUUAAGGUGGUUGAAGCCAUUGGUCGCGAAAACGUUAAACUUAAUGAAAAGCAAUUAGAAGAAUUAAUUGCUUUGCUUGAUAAAGAGCAACUUUUAGAAGCCGAAGACAAAAUUGAGAAGGCUUUAGCGAAAAGUCAAAAAGACGCAGAAGAAGCGAAGAAGAUUAAUCGAACCUUCAACGAACUUGGUGCAAAAAGUGGAAACACACUCAAGUACAUUAAGCCAGACUGCAAAACACCGGCGCAACCGUGUGAGGAUUUAGUGGAUCCCGCCAAAUUAGUGAAGGACGCAUGCGAGGAUUUAAAUAUUACCGAUCAAAAAAAUAAUUUGAAAACCGAUAAAACUGAUGCUCGCAAAGAGGCUGCGUUACUUGACGCGGCCGAAAAGCAAAAGGAGAAAAUCUUACCCAAAAAUGAUAUACAUUCACCAAUGCCACCACCAUCUACUAUACCUGCACCCCCGCCACCAUCAAAAGCUACCCAAAUAAAUUCCAAGGAUAAAAUGAUUUGACCGAAAACGGUAAAGGGCAAAAAUAUAAGAAACUUUUCCUAUAAAUUAUCUCAGAAUGAUCUCGACGAACCGAUCCAAGGCACAAGAUUUGACAAUAAAACUAAUAAUACCAAUAAAACCUAAAGUAAAAAGAAAGUUCCAAACCAUAUAACAUGGAGCUUAGGCAAUUCUCGUUACCUCUUUACCUUUUAGGUUAUGCUAUUAUUAAUUUUAUUGAUUUCUUGAUAUCUAUCAUCAGCUCUCGUAUGUCUUGCAGAUUUAAUUGCGUGAUCUUUUAUAUUUUAUUUUUCAUCUAAAGAAAGAAACAGCCGAGAUAUUAACAAGGUAUAAGGAUUUUGUAAUUAAAAAAAGGCGAUAAAUCAGAUAAAUGAUUAUCGUUAAGAUCCACCUUUAAUCACAAAUUCCUUGCACCUGCUUAUCAAUAAAACUGUAUAUACGUAUUUCAUAUUGUUAUAAAUAACGCUUUGUAAGUUGUGUUUGAAAUUUCAUAUAAAGAUGAAACUGGAGAUUUUUAGUGAUUUUUUUUAAGUAAAUGAAUUUGUUUUUUAUUUUUACGAUUUUAUUUAUUUACAUUUUUAUUAUUAUAAUAGCGGUAUCAGCCUAAUCCAUUCUGUACGUUUAAACGAAAACUCGUAUAUUUCAGGUGAAGUGCUUAAU